AUGAUGGACACUGUAGACACUAUGCCUGCUAAUGACCUGGCCCACGAUCCGAUCCAUCCUAAUGCAAAGACCACAAUCACAACGAAUACUAAUGAUGGAACGUCGACUUCGAAAACGAAUAUCUCCUCUCCCGUGUGCCGGAAUUGUAAAACUCAGACCACUCCUUUAUGGCGCAGAGAUGAGACGGGACAAGUUCUUUGCAAUGCUUGCGGCCUGUUCUUGAAACUCCAUGGCAGACCAAGACCCAUCUCUCUGAAGACUGAUGUGAUCAAGUCCAGAAACAGAGUGAAGCACAAUCAUAGUGGCAGCAACAACAACAAUAACAGUAGUAGCAACAACAACAGUAAUAAUAAUAGUGGCAGCAGUAGCAACAGCACAAGCUCCAAUGUCGACACAGAGGAUGAUUUGAAAGACAAGAAGUUCAGUUCAAAAGCUUUCAAGAUUAAGAAGGAAAAGGACAAGGAUAGAGAUACCAUCGCCAAGUCCGCUAGUGCCAACAAUUCUCCAGGUUUAAUACCACUUCUCCCUAGAGAUAAUGCUGGUUGCCAGCCAAAUCCAACCUCCUCUAAUAGUGGAAACUUGAUGAAAUUUCAACUUCUGUACCAGCCGAUGAGUCGUCCAAAUAGCACUCCUACGCAUUUCGCCCCGAACCUGAAUGCUGUCACUUCUCCAUUAUUAUUGACAACCACAUCCUCAGAAAGAUCUUCCUUAGGGAAGAAUAAUAACGGCCUGGCGUUGGUAAACGCUGCUGCCGGUGCCCUGGAGACGAUGUCCAACGAAUCCAACGAUAAUGAUAAGAAAAUCCCAAAGAUGAAAUUAGACGAUGAUGAAACCAAACUGAAAGAAUCUCAAUCAAAUACGACCACUCCAGCAUCCCUCCUGAAACGACAAUUCACCCCAUCCAUAGACCUCCCCAGCAUCUCGGCUAACUCCAAAUUGAAUUCUCCUACUUUUGGACCACAGUUCUCUUUAAGUGCCUAUUCCAGUACGAAUUCCAGUGGAAAUGGGACUGGAAAUGGUAAUGGAAGUGCGUUCAGUAGCGCCAUGGAGAAGUCAAGUAGUAUCCCUUCGUUUAACUCACUCAAACCACUCAUGAAUAACUCUAACAAUCAUUCCCAAUCAAAUAAUGUCCCAUCUUCCCUUUCACGUUCUUCCACGGGUAGCCAUACAUCAGAUGACCCUGUGGAGUUGAGAACAAGGAUAUCAGAGUUGGAGUUGGUAAAUGAUUUGUACCGUACCCGGAUCCAAGAGCUGGAAGCUAUGGAAAGCGCUGCUAGACAGAGGGAACAAUUAUUGACCAAACGUUUGAAUGAGUUGAAGGGGUUACCCUCAGAAGGAGGAGUGAUUGAUAAUGAGACCAAGAGAGUAAAGCUUGAAAAUGGCUAUGUAAAGAAGUGA